GCCUUGACCCCGCCUGCCCAGCCAUGGCAGCCUCACUGAGCCGCCCCUGCUUCAUCUCCCUCCACGUGCCCUACAGGCAGGGCUGGGCCCAGGACCUGGCCAACACCUUUCGCUUUCAGCCAGUGGCCGUGCGGGAGACGCCACGGGUCCGGCAGCUGGCCUUGCGGCGGGGAACUGCCGUCUUCCUCAUCAACGAGCACCUGGCGCCAGGGCCCACCAGCACCUCCUCCCAUGAUUUCCUCUACGAUGUGGACCCCCAGCCCGUCUUGGGCACAGCCUCCAACGUCUGCUUCGAGGUGGACGACGUGCCGGGGCUCUGCAAGCGGCUGCAGAACCAGGGGUGCUCCCUGCCGGUUCCUCCCACUGAGGUGAAGGAUGACGGUGGCUCCGUCACCUAUGGGGUGGCGAGGUCCAUCGUGGGCAACAUCAGCCAUACCCUUCUGGACCGGUCCCGCUACCGGGGACCCUUUCUGCCCGGCUUCCAGCCCAUCCAAGGAGCCCCCUCGGCCAUGAGGGACGGGAUUGAGAUCACCCACUUUGACCACAUCACGUACGUCUGCCCACGGGGCAGUGCCCGGGUGGCUCUGGACUGGUACCAGCGGUGCUUCGGCUUCCGCCGCUUCCUGCUGAACCCACGGGAGAGGCCAGCGGAGGGGUACGUGCUCGGGGGGCAGGGGAUGGGCAUGCUGCUCCUCGCACUGCAGAGCGCCCAGGGUACCCCGGCUCAUGGCUGCAAGCUCGUCCUCGCCGAGUCCCUCUCAGAGGAUGGCGCCAACCAAGUCGACACCUUCCUAGUGCAGCACCGUGGGGCUGGGAUCCAGCAUGUCGGCCUCCGCACCACCAAUAUUGUCAGCACGACCAGGGCUUUGCAGCAGCGGGGUGCGCGGUUCUUCACACCCCCUGCCACCUAUUACAGCCAGGGGGGCAAAGCGGAGGAGAUCCGGGGAGCCGGGCAGGACCCCUGCACGCUGGCAGAGCUGGGCAUCCUGCUGGACACCACGGUGCCUGGGGACAAGGGAUGGCCGGGCACUGAUGCUACAGAGAGCGCUUCCCAGGAGUAUUUGAUGCAGAUCUUCACUCAUCCCAUCUUCUCUGAGGAGACCUUCUUCCUGGAGCUCAUUGACCGGCGGGGAGCACCGGGCUUUGGGGAAGGCAAUAUACGGGCACUGUGGAAAGCCGUGCAGGUCUAUAUGGACCAGCAGCAGUAGGGGUAACUCUGCAAUCCUGCUCCCUCAGCUCCCCAUCCUCUCCGGUCCAACCCUGGGGCAAUACACUGCUGUAGAGAUACCAGGGAGUGCUUGCAGCAUGGCCUAGGAUGGCAGGGACCAAGGGAGGUCUCCAGGUCAACCCAGAGCCAACCUGACAGCAGGUUGCUUGGAGCCAGGUCCAAGCAUCCUGAGCAUCCCCCAGGAUGGAGGGUGAUUUCUCCCCCUCCCUGGGUUCCCAGGGAUUUACUGGUCUCACGUGAAGAACUUUCUGCCUUAAUUUAAUCUUGAUCUAAUCAGACUUGUGCCUGCAGCAUGGCCAAGGACAGUUGGCAGAGCAACACCCCCAAACAUAGGGGGAUGAGGGGCUGCCAAAGGGGCGUGCAUAACCUGGGGGCCAUGGACAUGGCAGCUCAU